AUUCACACGCGCGCGUCCUGUGCGUCGUAAACAAGCGCGCACGUGCGUAAAAGGGGCAGUUUGGGGGAAGGACGUGGUACGUGUUUGGUUUGAAGUUCAAAGUUGGUUGUGCAGAUUUGUCGAGAGAGAGAGAGAGAGAGAGAGAGAGAGAGAGAGAGCGUCCUUCAGGAUCCAAGCACGCGUAGCCCAGUGAGAUCAUUGGCGAUAUAAAUAUCUUCUUCUACAGUGCUCCAGCUCCUGGCUAUUAGCCACCUGUACUCUGUGGCAAAAAGACGGACAAAAUGCAGGACAUGACUUAACUGGUGCAUAGAGGGAGAACAAAAUAGAGAGAGUUGUUUUGGGGAAGAAUGAAUGUUGCUCUCUUGCUCGUGCUUGUAGCUCAGCUGAUUGGCACCGCGGCUGUUUGGUUGGAGGAUCACCUGGUGGCCUCGGGUCGCCGCACUGGCACUCUGUACUGCAGGGUGGGCAUCGGCUUCCACCUUCAGAUCCAUCCCAACGGCAGAGUGAACGGGAGUCACGAGCCCAGCAACCUCAGUCUACUGGAACUGUUUUCCAUAUCACAAGGAGUUAUAGGAAUCCGAGGAGUUUUCAGCAACCGAUUUCUAGCCAUGAAUAAGAGAGGAUGGCUUCAUGCUACUGAGAAGUUCACUGAUGACUGCAAGUUUAGAGAGCGGUUUCAAGAGAACAGCUACAAUACAUACGCAUCAGUUAUACACAAGAAUCACCGGACUGGGAGAGAGUGGUUUGUGGCACUCAACAAAAGAGGGAAGGCCAAAAUGGGGUCCAGUCCCAGAGUGAAAUCCCAACAUGUGUCUACACACUUUCUACCCAGGAUGAACCUGCACAUGAAAUUACAACAGGGCUUUACGAUAACAGACAAAACACAGGAAAGGACUCAGGCUCUGCCAAAACCUCGGGCCCCUAAAGUCACCAUGAACAUGGGACAGAAACAAACUCGAACUGUCAAGUACUGGCCAAAAUUUAGGUUUGGAUAGACCAGCAUUGUCUUACGCUUGGAGAAAACUUGAAAACAAGACAGCAGUUGUAUAUGAAGCAAUUUUCUCAUCUGACUGUUAUCAUUCCAUUCAAUAAGUGACUCAACGGGAAAGGGCUAUGAAGUCUAAAUUUAAAUGUCUAUGAGGCUGAACUUGAACUUGUUGACAUGGGGGUAUUCCAAAGCUAAUA